CGUAUAUGUGUCUAUGGGUCACACUACUACAGUUUCCCUUUAGAUGACGUGUCUACGUUGCAUUUUCCCAGAAUCCUAAGCGGCCGACCUGUCAACGUCAUUGUAGCGCAAGCGCAGACGUGGCGUAGCAGUGAGCUGAUGUGUACUUCCUUCGUUCAGUCAGAGAGAGAAGCAUAGCAGUUCAUCAGCUGAAUCUUUGGGAAAAUAUCAAAAUAUCUCUUUGACACCAUGAUGCUCCGGAUAGCUGCAUUUCUUACGCUGCUGGUGGUCGCCUGCUCGGGCGAGGGCUGCACAGACCCGGUCAUCACUCCGUCGGCCUACACCACGUCUGACGCCGUCAUCUCCUCUGAGUCAGUCUUCAUCGUUGAGCUGAGCCUGACCUGUGCCAACGGAGCACAGAGUGUGUCUCUGUAUGCUGAUGUCAAUGGAAGACAGUUCCCUGUAACCAGAGGUCAGGAUGUUGGCAAAUAUCAGGUCUCCUGGAGUCUUCCUCACAAACAGGCGAGCUCGGGAACAUAUCAGGUGAAAUUCUUCGAUGAGGAGUCCUACAGCGCCCUGCGCAAGGCCCAGAGAAACAAUGAAGAUGUAAAUGCCAUUCAGCCUCUCUUCUCUGUCAACAUUGACCACAGGGGUGCGUGGAACGGCCCGUGGGUUUCAACAGAGGUGGUAGCUGCCCUGAUUGGAAUCCUGUUCUACUACUUGGCCUUCAGUGCAAAGAGCACCAUCCAGGCAUAAACUGAUAAAAAGACACUGUUCGACCACAUGAUCAUUAAAGACUCAAUUCUGGUGGAAACUCAACUACCAACCCAUCGUACAGCGUUGAGGCCCAAUCAGCGGGAUUUUGCCACUUAAUGUGCUCUGUGGCGAGAGGCAAGAGUAGCUGUCUUUUUCCUUUUUUUUUUUUCUUUUCUUUUUUUAAAAUCAAAAUUCAGACUGAGUCUGCGUGUGAUCAGCUGCCUCAAUUUUCAGAUUAAUUUUGUGACAAGUUUCAUGUCCUUUUUAAUGGACUUCCGUUUGUGUGUGUUUUUGUUUUUUACUAAAGAAAACAAACUGUCAUGUGGUGGGCUCAGGCCGGCCUAAAGGAUGCAGACCCAUCCAGGCUGGAUUGUGCUUCUGUGUGGGUGUUCUGGCCAGAGUGGGACUUUUUUUUAACACCGACCGAGUUAGACCUUCCACACACAUUAAACGCCAUUCAGUGACUAUGCUGGCUUGUUUAAACAGGCCUUCUUAGACAUGUUUAUUUCAGGAAAUUAAUAAAUGGCUUGUUAUGAUUUCAGUGUGAAUUCUUGUUCAG